CUUCGUAAAUUGCUUUCCAACCAAAACUAAUUUCGAUUUUCGCACAGAGAAAACGUCAGGCACCAUUCAACAUGGGCUUGAAAUACGCGAUCAAAAGCUAGUUGUAGCUGAAAUAUUGCUCUAAUUGUAGUUUUAUUGUUAUUAUAGUUUCGUUUUACAUGUAUAUUGUGUAACUCAUAAAUUAGUCAAAAAUGGAUACAUUAAUCUUAGGAUAUCACAAUUAUGGCGUUUGUUGAUCAUUAAAAAAUUACGUUCGGUUGAUCAUUUUCUUUCUACUUAAUGUCUGCUUUUCGUUUGUGAUCGUCUGUUUUGUUCGCGUUUACGUGUUUACUCGAAAUGGUUAAGGAGAAGCCUAAUUCUAUUCGUAUUUACGACGACGAAGGAUUCCGACGACGCGCCGCUUGUAUAUGUGUACGAUCGGAUGCCGAAACCGAGGUGCUGCUGGUGACGUCGUCGCGGCGACCUGACAACUGGAUCGUGCCGGGCGGCGGCGUGGAGCCCGAGGAGGAGCCCUCGGUGACGGCCAUGCGCGAGGUUCUGGAGGAAGCCGGCGUCAUCGGGAAGUUGGGCCGCUGCCUGGGCGUUUUUGAGAACAGAGAACACAAGCACCGCACAGAGGUGUAUGUGAUGACAGUCACCCAAGAACUAGCCGAGUGGGAGGACUCCCGGCAGAUGGGCAGGAAGCGCCAGUGGUUCUCCAUCGACGAUGCUCUCGCCCAGCUGGCGCUGCACAAGCCCAUCCAGCGCCACUACCUGCAGCAACUGAAGCGUUCCAAGCAGAAGCCGGACGACGCCCGCAGCUAACUUGAAGCGCUGCAAGCGCUUGCCAGCUAAGUCCAUAGCUCGUAGGUAACGGCUAGCUUGCGACGCCUAAGUAAAGGUGUAACACGAUUUGCAGUACCGUACCGCUCGCUCUGCUCCGCCUCUCUGAACGUUCUUAUCAGCAAAUGUUGCCACUCAUAUA